GUUUCUCUCUUCCCAGCCAGAUACUCAGAUCAGUCAGACAGAGAUGGACGGCGGCGGGAAGCAGGCGGUGUCGGCGGCGGGCAAGGGCGUCGGCGAAGCGGCGCCGGCGGUCACGCUGGAGGACUUGAGGAAGCGGAUGGCCGACUUCGCCAAGGAGCGGGACUGGGACCAGUUCCACAGCCCCAGGAACCUCCUCCUCGCCAUGGUGGGCGAGGUGGGGGAGCUCUCGGAAAUCUUCCAGUGGAAGGGCGAGGUGCCCCGGGGCCUGCCGGGGUGGGAGGCCCGGGAGACGGAGCACCUCGGGGAGGAGCUCGCCGACGUGCUCCUCUACCUCGUCCGCCUCUCGGACAUGUGCGGCGUCGACCUGGGGAAGGCCGCGCUGCGCAAGAUCGGGCUCAACGCCAUCAAGCACCCGAUCGGGAAGCGCCACGACACCUCGUCCAAGAAGUUCGCACGCCGCUCCGGCGACGAUGACGUCGUCGGUGGUGCCGGCCGCGAUGACAAGGAUGGUGUUGCCAGGGAGGGUGACAAACUCUAGGCUUGCUAGCUGUAGCAAGGGAUCGUGAGGCGUCGUCGAGCUACUUCCAGAAUGGUAGCCUGCAGGUUUUGUGACACUUGAUUAUUAUGACAGCUGCGUGCUGAUGGAGAUCAUAAUAUAUAUGCGGUUGUGAGCUAGGUCAUACAUAGUUAUGCUUUUUCCGGAAGGAAAUGAUGAAAUGUUUAAACCAGUUUGUUUUUAAGUUUUGA